UGUAGACUCAACACUGGAGAUUGAAAAAACGAGCAACGUCGAACAGCGAAAUAGACGAGCGACGGGAUGGUGGUAUCUCUGAGGAAAGUCUAAGAAAUGUCUUGAAAUGUAAAUGCGACGAGAGAGGGGCGGGGGGGGAAGGACGAUGGAUCUAGCGAUGGCGAUAGUUAUACAUGAGCUAAUGAAGUUUUCGGAUCAAGUAGGCCAAGGACUAAUCCGCAGCGGCUUCGGAGGGGCUGGACUCGAAUCCCAAGUCAACGGAUGUGAAGGUGGAAAUUUGAGCACGGCAUGGGAGUCGGGAAUCCAGGUAGGCGGGACUGAGAAGGAAAAGAACCCUCUUCUGGAUGGAGUCCGGGAGAGAUGUCGGGAAACGGGGCGAUCGACGGGAUUCAAAAACGACCGGUGCGAGACUGGGGCUAGACCAAAGAGUUUGAUCCUCGAGCUCUUGGGGCUCUGAAGCUGUCACUGCACUGGGUCUGCUAAAGCGUAGCGUGUCCUUAUAAGAUAAGAGGGGAUCCCGGGGUGAAGAGCCGGAGUCAGUGCUCAAUGAGAUGGGGGAAGAAAUAUGGAGUCAAGAUGGAGCAAGUAUCCCUUUUCCUUCUUUCGAUUCAGGGGAAACGAGACGGAAGCGGGGUGAAGGGGGUG